AUGAAGACAAACAUGCAACAAAUGACACAUCAUGUUUAUGCAGCUGCAUUCAACUUCGGUCGCAAGGUUGUUGAGUCUGAGUUCACGUAUCAAAUCGAGGGAUACAUCUUAGAAGCAGAGUACAAGGCAACAAUUCUUCAAGCAUGGGACAAUUCAGUUAAAUAUCCAAACAGGAAAGGAUCUAAUAAACUUUAUUUCACUUAA